CCCUCACUUCCUCUGUGCAGUGCAGGUUUCCAACCACAAGCGCCAAGGCAGAAGGGCAGGCAGCACACAGCCCUUAGCAGCUGGAGCACCAGCCCGACCAUGGUCCCUGAGAUGAGUGAACGCCAAGAGCUCCAUGGCUCUCAGUUUGCCUUCCUCCUGGAAAACUGUAGCUCCUCCUACGACUAUGGAGAAAAUGAGAGUGACGUCUGCUGUGCCUCCCCACCGUGCCCACAGGACUUCAGCCUGAACUUCGACCGGGCCUUCCUGCCAGUCCUCUAUGGCCUCCUCUUUCUGCUGGGGCUGCUGGGCAAUGGCGCGGUGGCGGCUGUGCUGCUGAGCCAACGGGCAGUCCUGAGCAGCACCGACACCUUCCUGCUUCAAUUGGCCGUGGCUGACAUGCUGCUAGUACUGACCCUCCCCCUCUGGGCAGUGGACGCUGCUGUGCAGUGGGUCUUCGGCUCUGGCCUCUGCAAAGUGGCCGGGGCCCUGUUCAACAUCAACUUCUACGCCGGGGCCCUCCUGCUGGCCUGCAUCAGCUUUGACCGCUACCUGAGCAUAGUACAUGCCACCCAGCUCUACCGCCGGGGUCCCCCAGCCCGCGUGGCCCUCACUUGUGUCAUCGUCUGGGGGCUCUGUCUGCUCUUUGCCCUCCCGGACCUGAUCUUCCUGUCGGCCCACCAUGACGAGCGCCUCGGUGCUGUCCACUGCCAGUACAACUUCCCCCAGGUGGGCCGCACAGCUCUGCGCCUCCUGCAGCUGGUGGCUGGUUUUUUGCUGCCCCUGCUGGUCAUGGCCUAUUGCUAUGCCCGCAUCCUGGCCGUGCUGCUGCUCUCCAGGGGCCAGCGGCGGCUGCGAGCCAUGCGGCUGGUGGUGGUGGUGGUGGUGGCCUUCGCCCUCUGCUGGACCCCCUACCACUUAGUGGUACUGGUGGAUACCCUCAUGGACCUGGGGGCCUUGGCCCGCAACUGUGGGCGAGAAAGCCGCGUGGACGUGGCCAAGUCGGUCACCUCUGGCCUGGGCUAUAUGCACUGCUGCCUCAACCCACUGCUCUACGCCUUCGUGGGCGUCAAGUUCCGAGAGCGCAUGUGGCUGCUGCUGCUGCGCCUGGGCUGCCCUGACCAGAGAGGGCACCAGAGGCCGCCGGCCUCUUCCCGCCGGGAUUCAUCCUGGUCUGAGACCACUGAGGCUUCCUACUCGGGCUUGUGAGGCUGGAAUUGGAGGCCCCCCCUCACAGCCACCCAGCCUGACUCACCCCACCUUCCAGGUUCUUCUCUUCCCUCUCUCUCCUGGGCUGUCUCUGAGUACCAUCCCCUCACCCCCAAUCUCCAUAGCUUUGCUUCCCCCAGACACAGCACUCCUGGAACUGACCGGCAGCCCCAGCCCUGCCAGGGCUCCCAGGCAGCUGACCCUCUAGCUCCAGGGACUGCGCCAUUGCUGCUUCUCAAUUGCCAAGCCCCAUCCAGCCUCUGAGGUCCUGAAACCAUCACUCCUACUGUUUUAGGGGCAGCUGCCUUCAGGCUCAUCUUCCUUGGCUGCCAGGAGCCCCGCUUGCCCUUCUAAUCUGGCAACUACCACUUGGUCUUCCUACAUGCAGGUAGUAUGAGGCCAACAGGGCAGGGAAAACUCGUUGCUCAUGGCUGUGGCCCCUGAGAUCUCUGUAUUUGCCCCCUUUUAAUGCUUAUAAGCUGUCUAAAAUCCUGCUGAAGACCUUUCAAUAAACAAGAGAAUCAGGACCAGGAUGUG